AUGUCUCAAACUGCAUCCAUAUACACAGAGAAAAGAAAUUCCCAGCUUUCAGCUGAAUCCCUUCAAACUGAUAUGCCUACAUUUGAGCGAGACCAAUUCAAAGUCCUUAUCUCUGCUCUAAGGCUUCAAAUAAAAGACAGAUCUCCAGAUCUCCUACAAAGGAUUGCAGUCACAGCAAAUUCUUUAAAGUUUUUCCAAGCUCUCAAUGAGCAGCAUUCUGAAGAAUUUGUGGUAUUAUGCUGCAAAUAUAUGACUUAUAUGUUUCAUAAAGCAGAUAGUUUUAUAUGUCAUCAAGGUGAUUCAACCCAUUGCAUUUAUGUUAUUUUGUAUGGAAGUGUUAAAGUUAUGACAGAUAAUAAUCAAGUUGGAGAACUUGUGGCUGGGGAUCAUUUUGGACCGACUGAAAAUUUUGCGGGAUUAAUACAUUUUUUAAGUUAUCAAUGCAAAACGGCAUGUCAUAUAGGAGUUAUAGAGACAAGCGAUUUCAAAUGGAUUUUAGAUAAAAUGCUAAGCGAAAAAGUUAAUUCUAUUAUUGAAGUGCUACAUAAAUUGCCAGUCCUCCAAAGCUUGACUAGGCACUAUAUCCAAAAACUAGGAAAUUAUUUUAAACCAAAAAGACUCCGAAGAGGACAAUUUUUAUAUAAAGAAAGCGAAAGGGCUGAAGAUAUUUUCUUCAUUCAAGACGGUGAAUUUAGAAUUUCAAAAAAAAUCAGCCUGCAAGUAAAAUCUGAUAGAGAUUUUCCUAGAAAAUCGAGCUUACUGUAUAAAAAUCACAAAUCAAAUACACAGCUUGCAAUUCUUGGAAAAGGUGAAAUCAUAGGCGAAGAAGACGCGCUUUCAGACAGCCAUAGAAGGUCUACUUCCUGUCAAUGCAUUUCUGAGGUAGGAAAUGUCUUGAUUAUUUCUAAAGAAAAUUUUACAAAAUAUGUUCUUGUAACUGAUGAAGGAAAAGAGCUAUUUAAAUCAUGAAAUUUAAGCAAACAAGGCUCAAGACAAGGAGUACUAGAAAAAGCUGUAAAGCUACAAAAAAUAAAUGUUGGCCUUAUACACAUAGCCAAUGACGAGUCUCCUGUUGAAAUUCCACAAAAUAUAGCCACAUCAAAUAAUUAUCACAGAAAAUCUUCAUCAUCAAAGUUCCCGUCAACACCAAAAUUGUCAUGUAUGACUCCUAUAUCAUCUUCUAACCAAGAACUUAUUGGCUUUAAUAAGCCAAAAACUCCUUCAAAUUAUCUAGGCUAUAAAACUCUCCGUUCAGAAAAAAUUCGAAUUAAACAAAAAUAUAAAGAAGGCCUGAGAAACAUCCACAUGCUAAAAUCAAAAUCAUCAAGCUCAUUGGCUUCUCCACUUUAUUUAAGCCCAAAACAAGAAAGAAUUGCAGUAAUUAAUAUUCAAAAUAUAGAAGACCAAAUAUGCAUUGAUGAAUGAGAAUACAAACUCAAGCGGGAAAUGUGGACAAGCCAACGGAAGCUUAAGCGGGUCACGAAAUCUGAUCACAAUAUGUUCAGAAUGAACCCCUUCUAUGUACAUUAA